CAUAAGUAUGUCAUUGAGAAAACAGCCUUGACCCGGCGUCAGACGAUCGGGGCAGUUUCCACAGCGACACUGCAUGACACUUCUCGCAGGGCUCGUGGACAUCCGAGACUACACAGCUGGUCAAAUCCUGCUGCGAAAGAGAAAAAAGAAAAGGCUGUGUACACUCCAAAUCCAAAAUGGCCGAGCAAGCGUAUGACGUCAUUGUGAUAGGUUCGGGAGUGAUGGGGUCUUCCACGGCUUACAGUCUCGCCAAGAAGGGAAAGAAGACCCUCAUCCUGGAGCAGUUCCCCGUCCUCCACUCCCGUGGUAGUUCCCAUGGCCUCAGUCGCAUCACCAGACUCGCCUACAGGGAACAGUACUACACCGACAUGAUGGUGGACGCCUUUAAGAUGGUGGCGGAGCUGGAGAGAGAGACAGGAACAGAACUGUUGAUAAACUGUGGUACUCUAAGUAUUGGUCCUGAGAACGAUGAUUACCUACGUGACGUCGAGAAGGCUCUGAACAGGGUGGGUGCUGCGGUCGAUGCCCUCACCAACGAUCAGAUGAGGAAGAGGUACCCCAUGUUGUCGUACCCACAGAACUAUGUCGGGUUGUUGGAUCGGAAAGGGGGACUUCUGAAGGCGGACUGCAUACUGAGGGCUUUGCAGACGGUGUUCCGCCAGCGAGGCGGUGAAAUACGUGACUGUGAGCCUGUGAUGGCCAUCCACCCCGGGGCAACAGUGACGGUGACGACGUCCAAAGGGACGUACCGGGCUGCUAGUGUUGUCGUUGCUGCAGGUUCCUGGGCAGACAAGAUUCUCCGCCCACUUGGACUCAAUCUGCCCGUCACGAUACAGAGAGUGACAGUGUGUUACUGCAAGGAACUGCAUCCAGAUAGCCACUCCGCCCAGCAUCUUCCCUGCUACAUUGAGCACAACGGGAGUCCCCCUUACGACAUGUGGGGGCUGCCAAGCUACGAAUAUCCUGGUUAUGCAAAGAUAGCAUUGCACACGGGCCCCGAGAUCUCGCCCGAAACACGAGACCAGCCAGACGGGAAGUGGGUCACCGAUCGAGUCACGGCAUAUGUAAAGGAACAUUUCCCAGGCCUGGAGCCCACGCCAUCUAUCACAGAACAGUGUAUAUACACGGUGACUCCUGAUGAAGACUUCAUCAUUGACCAACACCCCCAGCACCACAACAUCAUCGUUGCAGCCGGAUUCUCAGGCCAUGGCUUCAAACUGGCGCCAGUCGUAGGAGACGCUCUCAGCGACAUGGCUGUCGGCCGGGUUCCGAAAUACGACAUGAAGCCAUUCAAGAUAGCCCGGUUCAAGACGGCUGCGAGACUAUAGCACUAUGCGUGUAUGCAUUAAGUACCGACCAACUGUAGACCGCUAUAUCGUAUUUCAUCGAGUCGCGUUAUGCAAUACAUAUGCAUAGCGUUACAAUAUUCAGUACAUGAGUAGAUGCAAUGACACCACAAUGGGUGCGAAAGCUUAACCAUUGGCAGUUUAAAUUAUUUUAUUUCAAACCAAAUUUCUCAUUUCAAUAUUUUGUUUAUUUGUUUCGAUCUUUCGAGUUUAAUCUCGUUACUUUGAUUACAUUUUCGAAAAUCGAUUUUUUUUUUGUUAUUUCAAGUUUAUUACAAGAACUUAGGAUUUCAAUGUUUUUCUUAUUGCUUUCACUUUUGUCUCGUCAUUUUAAUUGUUAUUUCGAAAUGCCGGGUUUUUUUGCGUUUCCUUAAUUACUUUCUCGUUUUUUCGAUUACUUUCACACAUAUUCAGGUCUAUGUCAAUAAAUUAUCGGAAUUACGAAAAACAUAGUCCUGUAAUAUUGUUUUUGAAAUUCAAGUACAUGUAAUUGAAAUAACGAGAAAUUGUGGGAUAAAAAAUAUAGUUUAUACCACCAAAGUAAAAAUAUAAUUUAUGCUACCAAAGUGGCACCAUUAGGCCUUGGGGGAUGGUAGAUUAUUUCAACUGAUUAACAAAGAUUUUCCAUGUAUUGUACCACUGACUCAAACUUUCAUUCUGUCCAUCGCAUCAACGGUUACAGCUUAACCAUUCUAAGACGGCCGCCAUGCUUUCAUUAUUUCAGAGUAUUAUGAGAACCCUUUGGAAUCAUAGAUGACUUUAAAUUUUAAAUUUAAGUUUAAGUUUUAAAUUUCUCGGUUGAUACAUACAUGCAUGGACGCGUAUUAGUUACUAAAUAUUAGUAUCAGCUACGUUGAUGUACGUAUAAUCUUCGUAGAUGAAGGUAUCGCCUUCGUAGAUGUAAAUAUCUUUCAAAUAGAUAUGGGCGGUUGGGUAGCCCAUUGGUUAAAGCGUUCGCUCGUCGCACCGAAGAAACGGGUUCGAUUCCCCACAUGGGUGCAAUGUAUGAAGCCCAUUUCUGAUGUCCCCCGCCGUGAUACAGCUGGAAUAUUGCUAAAUGCGGCGUAAAACAUGAAUCACUCACUUCAAGUAAAUAUUAGUAUCAGCUACGUAGAUGUAAGUAUCAGCUACGUAGAUGAAGGUAUCGCCUUCGUAGAUGAAGGUAUCGCCUUUGUAGAUGUAUGUAUCUUUCAAGUAGAUAUUAGUAUCAGCUACGUCGAUGUAAGUAUAAUCUACGUAGAUGAAAGUGUCUUCUACGUUGAUUAAGGCACAAAUACGCUUAUUCAGAUACAUUAUAAUUCAAGCUGUCAACAUUUUUAUGACCUAAAGGAGGAAUUAAGAACUUGACCUUGUUUAUGUUCAAUGACAGCUGGAGGGAGAACAAUGUCUUCACUUUGCCAUCACAGCUACUAGCGAUGGAUAUUAAAUAAUCUCUACUAAA